AUGACGCUCGACGAGCGCCCGGACGAAGCCCUCGAGCGCCUCGUGAGCGAUAGUGACGAUGACACGUACCUCGACGCGUCGGCGUCGUCGACGGACGUCGAGGACGGACGCGGCGAGCGACGCGUGGAUGAUUUAUACGUCGACGACGCGGAGCUCUUGAGAAACGACGCGUCGAACGAUGACGCGGUUACCGCGACGAGCGGCGACGCCGGGGACGUUCGAACGACGCUCGCGCUUUGGAAUUGCAUGGUCGGGUCGUCCGUGCUCGCGGCGCCGUGGGCGUUCACGGAGAGCGGGUUGGCGCUCGGCGCGGCGCUCGCGGUGUUCAUAGGCACGAUGAUGGCGUACACGUCAACGUUGGUGUUGCGGUACGGGGUGCGAGGUGGUCACGAUGAUAUUUCGGCAAUGUGUGGCGCACACCUCGGGCGGUGGGCGCGAGUCGGCGGGAACGUCGCUAUGGCGCUGAUGCUCGCGCAGACAGUGGUCGUGUUCGACAUGAUGCUGAGCACUAGCGUGUACGGAAUCGUGAAGGGAUUCGCGGGUUUGCGACGAGAGCGCACGGCGGCGGUCGAAAGCGCGUUAUCGACCCUGAUGGCGCUAUCGUCGAACUCGACUAACUCAACGAAUUCGACGAACGGGACGAGUUGGGCGACAUGUACGAACGCAUACCGCGAUUUCGCCAAGUGUUGGAAUCCGUUCACGGCGGUCGUUGUUACGGCGAUCGUGCUCUUACUGCUUGGAGGCGUGAGGAAUUUGGACGGAUUCGUUGCCAUGAGCGUCGCCGGACCGUUCUUCAUGACAUAUUUGAUUUUCUUCAUAAUUUUCAAAUCCGUCAUAGCGGAGAAGCCGGUGGCUCCGUUAGCGCCCUUGGCAAGUUUCUCCACGUUCGCCAAGACGACGGGUUUUCUCACAAGCUGCACGUUUUCGCAUCAUGCGAUCAUUCCGGUGUGCCGUGCGAACAGAAAUUCGAGGAACAACGCUAGAAACCUGCUCGUGGCGUACGCGUUGACGUUGAUUUCAUACCUGGUGCCGGCUGUUGCGGGAAAUUUCAGCGCAGCAUACGUAGCCGUACGUUCGGGACCAGAUGGCUCAUCGCGUGCCGCAAACUUCUUACGAGUGUACCCUCCGAGCGAUUACUACACUCUGAGUGCGCACGCAGCGAUAACAGUGCAGUUUCUUACCAUGGUCCCGCUCUUGCUUUACAUACUUCGCGUGCAAGUCAGCGCACUGAUUCCGGGCGUUCCCGCGAAGUAUGAAUCCAUCUUCUCCUUCGUCAUCAACGUCUCCGUGAUCGCCCUCGGGUCGUUCUGUGCCGCCCAUCCGAGAAUUGACAUCGGUUUCAUCCUUUCAAAGGCUGGAGGCAUCUUCGGAUUGAUAUUCGCCUACACCGCUCCGGUGCUCGUGCACAUCUUCGGCCGAAGUCGGCCGAGAAACGGACAUCCGAUGUGGAAUCACGCCAUCCACGGCGCCAUCUUCGCCGUCGGUUUGGCUGUUGCGAUUGCCCAGUUCGUUCAGUAA